GCGGCUACCGCUUCCGCCGGGCUAUGGGGCCGCGUGUGCUGCCGCCGCGGCUCCUGCUGCUGCCGGCGCUGCUGCUGCCGGCGCUGCUGUGCGGAGCCGAGGGUGCCGCGCCCCCGUCGCUGCGCCGCACGCAGGCCACGCUCUUGCUGCAGCCCGCCGUGACGAACGGGAGCCAGCCGGGGGCGCCGCACAACAGCACACACCCUUGGCCGCUGGGCUCGCCGGACUCGCCGCUUCUGCGUUCCCUCUACGUGGUCACGGGCCUCAUCUUCUUGGCCGUGCUCUACUUCCUCAUCCGGGCAUUCAGGUGCGUCAGGCGCACGCCGCCGCCGCCGCCCUGGCGCGGCCAAUCCGCGCGCGCCUCGCGCCCCAAGUAUUGCGGCGCGAGAGCCCCGCCUCUCCAGCGCGGUGCGCCAUCGUCACGAGAAGAAACACAGUUGGAGCCGGAAAGUUCACAGCAAGACUCUAGGAGUCGAGCAGACGAGCAUUAUCGGAGAAGAUUGAAAAAGCCGCAGCGGAGGAGGUACGGGCUCCUGGCCAACACCGAGGACCUGACUGAGAUGGCAUCGCUGGACAGCGACGAGGAGACGGUCUUUGAAACAAGGAACCUGAGAUGAUGUACAGGUUGGGAAGGCAGCGUUUCCAGCGGCCCUGUGGGAAGGACAAGAGACAGGGCCCCUCCCAGUGCUUGGAACGCCCUGCUGAUUCUCCUGCCACCAAAGAGCUUGUGUGGGGCCUGCCCGGCCUUCCAGAAGCCGCCUCAGCCCUGCCCCCGGACAAGACCGCCCAGGAUACCGGCUGGAAGCCAGAGGGGCCCCGGCAGCAGCACGCAGAACUCUGAGGUCCCCUGGCCACGUUGUGACUUGUGCUGAUCACCCUUCCUGGUGGGGAUGCGUCAGCCCUAAGCUGAGGCCUGGUAGGCGGGUGGGCUGGGGUGCCUGUCUGGGAGCACCAUAUGCCUGGGCUGAGGACAAUAAAGGCAGCCAGUGGUUCUGUA